CUCCGCCUGAACGAGACCAGGAGGCCGCGAGCGUGUGGGCGGGCGGCGCCCGUCCCGCCUCACCCGCCUGACCGCGGACUGACGGAGCCCCCGCCCGGCAGCCCCGGAGGCCGGGCCGGGGGGCUGAGUGCGGGGAAGCGGGAGCGACCCGGGGAGCGACUCUCGGGUCGGACGCGCCAGACCGCGGGGAACCGUCAGCAGUUCCGGGUCAGGAGGGCGCGAGCCCGCACCAACCGCCCGGCGCCAGGAAGAAGAACGGGAACUGGAGCAGCCGACCGACCGAAUGACCGGAGCCAGGCGGAGCCCAGGCCUGAGAACCUCCUCGCGUUAGCGCUUGGCACUCUGUCCCAUCCAAGUUCAAGUAACGUGCCUCCUGAGCUCCUGCACGUGUGUGGAUAAACGGAGGUCCUAGGUGCCCUUUGAAAACUACGCGCCAGGAGUAGAAAAUUAGAAGGAUCACUCAUACAUGACGGGGGGGAAAAAAAAGAAAAGUGAAAGAUUAUCUACACUGAUUAUUUUGUAGGAGUAAAGAAGGUGAACUAGAAAGGGGAAAAGAGACACAAGAAUGUCAGGCAACGAAGAAAGGAAGAGUCAAGGAAUUCCUGAAGAAGCUCUGGCUAAACAAGACAUAUCUUCAUUAACUGAUGCUGUCGAGCAAGUUGCACAGCAACAGCAAUCACAAGCAUCAGAAAUAGAAAAAAACAAAAAAGUUCUGUUCAAUUUGCAGAAUGAACUUCAUGAGCUUAAAACACAAAUAGCAUCUGUCUCUGCAGAAACUAAAGAAACGGAAAGGCAAAUUUAUCAGCAAGAUGCUGCCAUACAGACUACCAAACUUCAGUGUGGAAACCUGGAAAAUCAAAUCAAAUCCUUACAUACAGAAAAUGUGAAGCUUAAAUUUGACAUAGAGGCAGCACAAGAAGAUUUUGAGAAACAAAUGAUAAGAUAUAAUGAAUACUAUGCAAAAAUAAAAGCACAUAAAGAUAGUUUGAGAGAGGUAGAGAGCAAAUGGUCAUUCAUGACUGAACUCAAUGAGAAACGAGACCUUGUUAAAAAACUAAAGACAAUGAAAGAGGAACUUAUGCAGGAUCUCCAAAAUCCAGAAGGAAACCUGAUGAAACAAGUACAGGAAGACAUUAUAAACCUAAAGGAUAAAAUUAUAACUGUAAAAGAAUCCAUCAUUGAAAAAACUUGUUUUCUUGAGGAAGAAAAAAAGACACAUGAAAAAUUAAGAAAAGAAAUAGAGGUACAACAUAAGAGAUACGGUGCAAUUCUUAAGCGUUUGCACUGUCAGGUGAACAAGCUUCAGUCAGAUAGAAGACAAUGGCAAUGGAACAUUCAACAGCUGCAAAAAACUGCAGCUGAACUGAGAAAACGCAUUGCAACGGAAGAUUAACAUGGCCAAGGGUAAUGUAGUAUAGGGUAAUGCUGAGCACAGACUAUGCCACAAAAAUUAUGGGAUAGAAAGGUGAGAAUAUCCUUUGGGUCUUAACAAAUGACAUCCACUAUCAGAGGGCUCUCUUAAUGACAGAUAUGUUUUCUUUUCUUUGAAUCAGUCAUCUGUUUGCUGAAAUGCCUUCCAACCCGAUAAUUGAUAGCAAUAGAGAGACAAUAGGAAGGCUCACAGAAGAAUAGUGAAAGACUGUAUGAAUAUUUUGAGUGUAUAAGAUAUAUUGUACUCAUGAAUGCCUGUUUAUAAACAUGUUGCCUUCACUAGCACAUGAAGCAAAAAUUUAGAAGAAAAGAAGCAUUUGAAUUUACAGUGGUUUAAAUUGUUAAGAUAUUUUAAAUGGUUGUCUGUUUCAAACUACCUGCUUUUUACCCCUGGCUUCAAAGCAGUCCAUAAAUGUUGACAUUUAUAAUAAGGUUGUUAUGUGUUCAAGGCUUCAGAUAUUUACUUAGUUUUUCUCUUUUGUCCAGAAGGUAACAAUCAUUUUUCUUUGCUGUUGGAUAACAUAUUUUUAGAGUGUUGCAAUGUAUACAAUUUUUUGUUCACUUUUCUGUCUGUAUGUUCUUUCUUACUAUUCUAUAGCUAAAUUGAAUUUAUAACAUCAUGUAAGGCAAACAUACCAGCUCUUAAUGUUAACCAAUGUAGACUAACAUUUUUUUUCUCAUUGAAAGUCAUAUACUAUGUCCACAGCAACA